UUUCUGCAGUUUGUCUUGUUUUUCACUGCAGUGUAGUGUUUUUUGGAAUGUCAUAAUUUGAAAGAACUGUUGUAAAAAAACACGUAAAUUUUUAAGGGAUAAUUAAAACAAAAGAUAGAAUUUAUAAUAAAGUUGAGAAAAGCUUUUAGUAAAGCCAAUAUGUUAAACAUACAUCAAAUUUGUAUGUGUGGCACCGGUCCUUUGACGCGUAGUUUGUUCUAACCUUUUGUUAGCAAUUUAUAUCACCAGAAAGGGUCACGCACAUAUACACAUACGCAUUUUCACACCUAUUUCAACCUUUAAAAUUUUAGUAUAAACUUAUUGCUAGUCUGUCAUUGAUCGCUCCAAGACAAAAUAAAGGAAAUGUCUGAUAAAGUGACCGAAUCUGUGGAGGAUGACAAUUCUGUUACAAUGCUCGAUGUACUCCAAGUAGAAAAUCAGCUCGAAGAAGACGCAUAUGCCGUUUUAGGUGCUUCUGAUGACCAAAAUUGUACUUACAGCAAGGGAUAUAUAAGACAAGCCUUAUAUGCAUGCAAAACAUGUUGCCCCAAUAAAGUUCGAGCUGCUGUUUGCUUAGCAUGUAGUUUUCAUUGUCAUGAAGGACAUGAACUUGUAGAACUGUAUACAAAACGACAUUUUAGAUGUGACUGUGGAAAUGCUAAGUAUGAUGGCAAACAAUGCAAUUUGGAAAAGCUAAAAUCUGCUACUAACACUGAAAAUAAAUAUAAUCAAAAUUUUGAUGGUGUUUAUUGUAUUUGUGGAAAACCAUAUCCUGAUCCUGAAGGUGAUGAAGAUGACAUGUUACAAUGUGUAAUAUGUGAAGAUUGGUAUCAUGUAAAGCAUCUAGAGCUUGAUGACGGUGUACCUGCAGAUAAUACAUAUGAUGAAAUGAUUUGUGCAGGCUGUAUGAGAGAACAUAGCUUUCUGUGGAAAUAUGCAUCAAAAUAUGCAGUGUUAAAACUAUCAGAUACAAAAGCAGAUGCAUCUGAAAAAGAAGUAGAAGUCAAUGAAUUGCCAAAAGGAUGUCAAAUGCCAAAAGUUACCUGUGUCAAUACUAAAGGAACCUGUUUCUGGAUAGAAGGUUGGAGGACUGCUUUGUGUACUUGUGAAGAAUGUAAAUCGUUGUAUAAUGCAAAAGAAAUUGCAUUUUUACUUGAUCCAAAAGACAGCGUACAAGCGUAUGAAGAAGCAGGCAAAAAGAAUAAGCAGGAAUCGCAAUAUGAAAAAGGCAUGAAAGCUCUUGCAAGUAUGGGACAUGUACAAAAGUUAACAGCUAUUGAAGAAUACAACAAUAUGAAAGAACGGCUCAUGCAGUACUUACAAAAAUUUGCAGAGAACAAAAAAGUUGUACGUGAAGAAGAUAUUAAGGAAUUUUUUUCAGAAAUGGAAUCGAAGAAACGUCCCAAAGUAACAGUGCCAACGUAUUGUCGUUAAAGCUUUAUGUUUUGCUAUUACAUUAAUUUCAACAUAGUGUCAACUAUUGUAUUAAUUAUAUAUAUAAAACUAAGUAUUUUAUUAUGUUUCUAUAUGCGACAAAAUAAGUAUGCAGUCUCGAGCCUUGAGACUUUUUUUUUAUCCAUUUUACUGCAGCAAGUACAUUUAUACUUUCUGAGAUGAUCGCCGAAAUUUAAGACUGGCAAAUUUAGAAAAGUUUUUUUUAGCGAGGCAGUAAUGGCAAUAUAUGAGUGAGUAAGACAAAGCGAUUGUCGUACAAAAAAGAGUCGGUUAUAAAGCUGACUUUUAUGUCUGGCCUUUUUUUGUAGUAGUAGAAAUAAGAAAGGUGUUGUUGAAGUAGGGCACACUGAGGAAAAUAUUGUAUCUGUUAAUAUAAAAGUUUCCAUACAUAAUAAAACCAACAGAAGAGGUCUUUAAGAAAGAUAUAAAAAACAAACAUUUUAUGUGAAAAGAAAGAGAAACAACUAUACUACAGGAAGAAUAAAAAUAA